AGGACAGGGAUAAGGGAGGAGAGGAGCUCUGCACUCUCACUACAGGCUCUGGGCAGAGAGGAGAAGAGAUGGAGCUCAUAACAGCAGUGGACGCCCUGGCAGGACUCCUAUCUCUGCCGCAGGAAUCGGAUGGAAAAGAGGCAGAGCGGCAAUUGCGGCUUCAGGUGGUGAUGGCGAGAUCGGAAGCGGAGAACCUGGUGCAGGAUUAUCUCAGCCAACAAGGUCCUCCAUUCUCGGACAACUCCAAACCUCCUACAUUAAAGAUGGAGAAUCUACCUGUGAUGGAUAGCAUGGCACUCCCUUCGUCCCCUUGGAAGCGCCUAUCCUUGAGCCUGUCUGCCUUCCUGUCCUUCAGAGGUUGGUUUGCUUCUGUCAUCGACUGGCAGAAGUCGCUUAAUCCUAAAUCUCGGGAGCUUCUCAAAAGUCUGGAAAACUCCAGAAUUCGAUGCAUGGCAAUCAGCUCGAACCUUGGUGGUCUUCUUGGGCAAAAUGACUAUCCUGCUCCAUCUUCGCCAACGGUUUCAAGCGCCUACAAGCAGAAAGUUGCUGGCUUCUUGGUUUGUAGAAAUUAUUAUGACUUGCUCGUACAAACGGAAAAGGACUUGCUUAUUCUUAUAGCAGAGAGCUCCGUGUAGAAAUCUUCUGAUGUAACUCCCGUGCAACAUCUAGUGUAGACCUGCCUACCUCAUUGAGGAUAAUACUGCUAGAUCAAUGCUUUCGUGUCCGCUGUCUCAAUACAGUGAAGGAUGGCUUCCAAAAUUUUCCUCCAGCUACUAAACUAUUUUAUUUUUUGUUUUUUUAAAUCUGUGAAAAUGGACUUCUUAUGGGAACAGUUGGAUUGUCUCAGAUUUCCCGUUGUGUUAAGAUUUGAUACAUGAGCCGGUUCUCUGUAAGGCUCUUGCAUCGUUCUAAAAGUUCAACUGACCUAGUUGGAAAAUUUAAGUCUUCUCCUCCUUUUUAAGAACUUUUUUUUAUGAAGGGGCCACCUAACUUUCCCAUAUCAACCAGACCGAGUAAAGGCAUAUUAAACGUGUGCACACUGAAAUGUUUCGGAAUUUUGUUUUCAUCCAAAAAAUUUAAAUUAUUUAGUUCCGAAAUUCAUUUUUA